UUACGUCACUGGCUUUUCUGAAACAAGAAACAGCACUUUUCUUGUGCUGCUAAAAUAUAAUAAUCAAGCCUUUCCGUCCAAAUAAUUUUAGUUAACCGAUGGCUUAACUCCUCAACAAUCAAUAGAGUAGUGUUUGACAGCGGCCUAGACUUUUUAAGUUGUUGAUUUUGCCAGAUCUUUGUGGUGAAGUAGGAGAACCCCUUCAAAAUAUCCACUUUCCAGUCAAAUUCUCACUGAAACUGCCAAGAUGAUGGCAACAAGGAGACAGACCCGGAAUCGAGAGGUUACCGGACCAGCACCACAUUCAGUAGCCAUCAGGGAACGUCCUCCCAAUAAGUACCCACCAGAGAAACUCAUCCUUGACAGGAGGAAGAAGGAAGAUAUGCGAGAGGAAGCCGUGGCUAUGACAAAAUACAACAAGCUGUUUGACUUGAAAAGUGAUUGGGAAAGAUGGACAGACAGAAAAAUACAGCUAAAUACAGUCAGAAGAAAAGUAGAUGGCAUGCUCUUGGCAAAUGAAUUUAGUGUUGAAGACCGAAGAGAAAGGCUUCGUGAUUUAUUGGCGGCAGAGGAGGCACAGUAUCUCGUUGAAAUGGAGGCAAAAGAGGAGACAGUCCUUGAGAGACAGGCCAGAAUGAGGGACCGAGCAAAGCUUCUGAAGGAAAGGCGUGAGGCAGAGAGGUUGAAGAUUGUUGAGGACAAAUAUGAUCAGCAGUUCAGAAAUCAAUGUGAAGAACUGAGAUCGACACUCACUAAGCGUCACCAGGAUGAAGUCUGUGCAGAACGUAUGGAACAGUUGAAAAUCAAAGCCGAACUUGAUCUGCAACACCAACAAGAAGAGGAGAUGUGGGCUAGACUCUGGCAUGAAGACAUGUUGGCUAAAGCUGCCCGAGAAGAAAAAGAGGCCCAGGCUCAAAUUGAGAGGAACAUGGAGACAGUCAAGACACUGGAGCUUCAGAAGGCUGCCCUUGCAGAGAAAAGGGCUGAGUCUGUAAAAUUGAGAGAGGAGGAGGCACAGUUAUUGAAAGAACAAGCUGAACUUCGUAAACUCGAGAUGGCCAAAGAACACGAGGAGAAGUGUCGACGUCAGAAGGAGGCUCGUCAGCAGUUCGAUCAGUCUCUGAAGCAGCGCAUGAAGAGGAAGGCUAAGGAGGUUCAGGAGCAGCUUGCCUUUGACAUGAAGAUCCUUGAGCAGCUGCUGGAGGAGUCUCGUAACGAGGCAAUGGAAGAGUUGCAGAGAAAGAAAGAACUACGUGAAGAAGAUCGCCGUUACCGUGCCUACCUAAAACAGAUGCAGCUCGAAGAGGCAGCACGUGAGAAGGAACUCGACCGUCUCCUCGAUGAAGAGGUUGAGAAGAUGUGGCAGAAGCGCCUCCAACAGUGGGAGCUGGAGAGACAAGCUCGUGCCAAGCUAUUGGAAGAUGUUAUUGCCUGUAGACGGCAACAGCUUGCUGAGAAAAAACGAAUCAAUGAACAGCGCCAGAUCGAAUCCCAACGAGAGCGCGAAGAGCUGCAAAAGGCUAUCGAAGAGAACAAGCAGCAUGAACUGGCAAAGGCAGGGAAAAUCAAGGAGCAGUUUGAACUACACCAGAGGGAUCUUAUCGACCAAAUUGAGUACAAUGACAAGAUGCGUGAGUUGGCAAAAAUGGAAACGGAUCGGGAAUACAUUUUGGCUCAAGAAGCGGAGCGCGAAUACCAGAGAAAAAUACAAGAUUGUUUGGAUAGGCCGUUUGUUGAUAAGGUUCAUCCAAUGAGGAGGCAGCGCCAAGUUGAGAUGGCGUCAUCAUAGACUCUGACGGGUUUUGUUUACUUCUUACUUUGAAAUAGAUUGAGGCAUUUCGACGAUGCAAUCAAUAACCGAGAUGAAUAAUUGAAGAAUUAAAAUGUUCAUAUUUCUUUUUGGGUUGGGCUGCCUGUACCAUAAUGACAACCAUGUGAUUAUGUGGGUUACGGUAGUAUUUCAUUCAUCAACAUCACAAAUGCAAUUUUGUCUGUACAUUCCACAUAUUAAUGAGCAAGUUCCGUCCAUAUUUUAAAAUCAGUGUCUGCCAUAAUCUGGGUUUCAGUCAGAUUUCUAGGGAAUGAAAUUGUUUUUCUUGUACAUAACUGUGAUACGCUACUCUGGUACUUUGAACUCAAUGUCCGUCCAUUAAUGUGUUGUGAUUAUUUUCCCUGCUACUGAUGAUUGUUGAAAAGAAGUCUAAAUAUGGCAGUUUCACUGUCUGGCUUAGAGUUUCUGUUGUUUCACCACCUUGUUCACAGUGACUGCCUGCAGUUAAAUGCAGGCUGUAUGUAUUGUUAACUUUCGUCCAGACAGAUGAUGACAUUGAUCGUGUAGAAGUACUGUUACAGAAUAGCUUCUCGACGACAAGAAGAGAUCUAUGGGCAGGGUAAUAAGAAUGUCUCCAUAAGGCCUUAUUUAGACAAAUUGUUUGUAAUUGUUCAAGAUUCUUGCAGCACAUGCAGGAACUUGAUUAGUGUUAAUGUAACACGUAUGGAUAUUUAGUCCUUGUACAUCCACACUGUUGUGUUACAUUUCGUUAAAUGUAAAUAAUUCACUGUACUGAAAAAACUCAGUGUAAGCUGACCGGUAAUAGUUUUCUCCAGUUGCUUUGGAGAUGGGUUUGCUGCACUUAUUUCACUUUUGUAUAUAGUUUUCCCUUUGCAAUUCGGAUAACCAGGGGGCUAAACGGGCUGAGAUAAUUCAACAAACUGUUCUUGACCACACUUAGUGUAGAUACUGUGAGGAUUCUACUGCAAGUGCUCUCCAUGUCUUCUCUGGAACAAUCUACAUGUACAAAUAUUAUCUAUGUAUUUAGAGAUGUCUUUAAUAAAUGAAAUGGUAUCACUGUUGUUAAACUAAAAGGAUAUUUUGUAAUUAAAAUAUUGGAUGAUCUUUA